AUGGUAAUCACAGCGACUCACCGCCAACACCCCGAGACAUCAUCUUAUGCCGCUUCCGGCUACGGCAAUCGCAUGCGCUGGGGCUCAAGGCCCGCACUGCUCCUUGUCGAUAUCUGCAAGGCCUACUGGACCACUGGCUCGCCCCUCGAUCUCUCCGCCAACCCCUCUGCCAUUGCGGCCCCUGGGAGUGCAGCACAGCUAGUAGCCGCAGCAGGAGAGGGCGGUGUACCCAUCAUAGGGACGGCCGUCGAAUACACGGAUCCCAAAAUGGCGGAUGCGGGCCUGUUUUGGCUCAAAGCCAAGACCCUGGCCGUGUGGCAGGCCGGGAGUGACCUCCACUCGCAAGGCUGGCGGGCUGGGUGA